GCUCUGAUAGGCGCCAUUAGGAGGGAAAGGACCACGAGCAGAUCAGACUCUAAUACCUGGAGGUCUUUUUAUACAGUAGUUCAUCUACAGACUUUAACAUCUCUUACAAUAGAAAGUAAACACCAUUAUCUAGUAUAUCUAUGUUGGGGUGACAAGGAAAUAUGAGGCACAGAGGGGAAAAUGUCCUGCCUAAAACCGUGCAGUUAGGCAGUGGCAGAGUGGGGAAAAAAACCUGGCUCUCCAGUGUCAUAUCCACCGCUGCUAUAAUCUGCUCAUGCUGUCUGCCACUACGAGCAUUAACAUGACCUGGUUUCCCACCCUGACUGCUGAUCUGUUUAACGCAAGACCUGUCUGAUUGCUCAUCACCUCAGCCCCAGAACCUCUUGCCUGUUUCCUGACCUUCCCUGCAGCCUAUACCUUCCCCAGUUUCAGUGGAAGAUCCUCCAACCCCAUCUAAAAACAAACUGGGCAGGAACUGGCAAAUAGGGACCUGGUGUGAGAUGAGAAGAGAUGGGAACAGAUCUCACCUGAGGGAAAUCCAGUGGAAGUUAGCAAGAGAGGGAAGAGCAGAGACAGGAAAACAGUCUGGUGUGUGAGCUGAGAAGCAGAGAGCAUCCACCAGCAACAGCAGAGAGCAAGCCCAGUUCCUCCUCACAUCUGGCAGCAAGUCCCAGCCUGGCCAGUACAAAAGGGACUGACUGGGAUUGUACAGCCAGCAAAUAGAUCAGCAAGAGCUGAUGAGCUGCUGAAAGAGGAGGGGGGAGGGAAGCUGGAAGCAGAGCCCACCCACCCUGCACAAGUGCAGGAGGUGAGCACGGGCUCUUUGUGAGCAGCAGGCUGUAAAAGAAAGAAAAGUGUGUGCGCACGCUUUGGAGAAAGGUGGCCGAGAGCUGGGGAGAAUGCCAGGCUGCCUGCAGGAGCUUUGGAAAGGAGCAAAAGGUUGGAGCACUUCCUGGGACCAGGAGAUCUGGCGGAGCUGCGGGAGUUUGAGAGCCGGGAGGAUCACUAACUGCGACACUGGGAUGCUAGCAGAGGAGUGACAAAGACAUAGCUUUGUGCUGAUGGGGACUUAGCGCUGGGGAGAUCCCUGAGGACAGCAAGGACACAAAGGGAACUCAUGGAUGGGCUUUACUUCUCUGGAGAGGGAGACGGGCUGGCGACGAUCAAUGACACCCUCAGCAGGGAGAGCUGGGUGCAGGAAGCCAACUCAGAGCUGUCCCUUCGGGUGGUGACAGGCGUCCUCCUCUUCCUCCUUAUCCUGUCCACCCUCUUGGGCAACACCCUGGUGUGCGCAGCCGUGGUCAAGUUCAGACACCUGCGUUCCAAGGUCACCAACUUCUUUGUCAUCUCGUUGGCUGUCUCUGACCUCUUCGUGGCUGUGCUAGUGAUGCCCUGGAAGGCCGUUACCGAGGUGGCUGGCUUUUGGCCCUUUGGGGGCUUCUGUGACAUCUGGGUGGCCUUCGACAUCAUGUGCUCCACUGCUUCCAUCCUCAACCUGUGCGUCAUCAGUGUGGACCGCUACUGGGCCAUCUCCAGUCCCUUCCGCUAUGAAAGGAAGAUGACUUGGCGUGUGGCUUUUGUCAUGAUCGGGGUGGCAUGGCUGCUCUCCAUCUUGAUCUCCUUCAUCCCUGUGCAGCUGCAGUGGCACAAAGCCAGCGAGCUCCUGCCCCCACAAGAGCUGAGCUUCAACAUCAGCCAGGAGGAGAACUGCGACUCCAGCCUCAGCCGGACCUAUGCCAUCUCUUCCUCCCUCAUCAGCUUCUACAUCCCGGUUGCCAUCAUGAUUGUGACGUAUACACGGAUCUUCCGCAUCGCCCAGCACCAGAUUCGCCGCAUCUCCUCCCUAGAGAGGGCAGUGGAGCAUGCCCAGAAUUGCCACAGCAGUGACUGUUCACAUGAGGCCUCCUUGAAGAACUCUUUCAGAAAGGAGACCAAAGUCCUCAAGACCCUCUCCAUCAUUAUGGGUGUCUUUGUCUUCUGCUGGCUGCCCUUCUUUGUGCUCAACUGCAUGGUGCCUUUCUGCGACUUCAGCCGGCAUGAACCUGGUGAGCUGCCUUGUGUUAGUGAGACAGUCUUCAACAUCUUCAUCUGGUUUGGCUGGGCCAACUCCUCCCUCAACCCCAUCAUCUACGCUUUCAACGCUGACUUCAGGAGAGCCUUUGCCACCAUCCUAGGCUGCAGUCGCCUCUGCCCCAGCAACGCAGUGGAGACGGUGAACUUCAGCAAUGAGCUGGUCUCCUACCACCAUGACACCACCUACCAGAAAGAGGUGGUGACCCUCAGCUACCCGCACAUCCUCCCCCACGCUGCCAUGCAGGCAGAAGACCCUGAGGUGACUUUCGACAAGGUGUCUCAAGUUUCCCAGACCUCCCACAACAACCAUCCCAGUCCUGUCUUACCUGCUGUGGUCCACGUGGAGUGUGAGGUGGCUGUAUCGCUGGAGAAGAUCACGCCAUUCACCCCCAGUGUCCUGGGUUGAAAGGGGACUGGGGGCAGGGAGCAUGGGGAGGGCAGACACAGCAGACGAUACCCUGCUGCAAUCAGUUUCUGGGGAAUGUGACAAUGCACAGAGCGGUUAUAGGGCGUGGGUGUUGCAUGGGGUCACCUUUCCUGUCUUUCUGGCAUAACCAAAGUGACUUGCCAGAGGAUCAGAAAGCUCAGGGGAUCUGAAGUGGGGUAUGGUGCUUUCCCCUCUACCAUUGGGGGUUCAAACCCAGCCCAGGCUGGCACUCAAUGAAAGCUUCAGGUGGCCUUUGAUUCACUUUCAGAUUCUGAGAGUACAGUAGAGAACUAGGCCCCAAUUUUAGGGGGAAGAGGCUGAACGUGGUGGCUUUAUUGCUUAACCCUAUUCUCAGUCAUACUACUGUGUCUUGCACCCUUUCUUAGUUUUUUCUCCUCCUCUUUCACCCAUGGUCUCUCCAAACCUCCUUCCUCCCUGAGUACUCUCCUCACUGUCUCAGUUGCUGUCUCAUUUCAAUAACAAUUGCUGUUAAACAUUCUCUCUCUCUUUUCACUCACCUGUACUUUUUAAUUAGCGUCAUCUUUGCAUAUUCAAACUUGAGUCUAGUAGCUCCAGUGUCAGGGUGGAAAUGCCACGGGAGCAGCCCCUUGCCUUUCACUGCAAAAAGGUGACAAGGGUUAUUUUAGCAGUGUGUUUUGAUAGGUACUUAUUUAAACAUUUGCAGCAGAACACAUUGCGUGUCCAUGCCACCCUGAAUCCAAGGCAUCUGCAGCUCCUUGGCACUGCCAAAACGCCUUGUCGUCUUUCUCCCCAAUAAACCUUAACAAAGAGAAAAAUCAGAAGGUGAUAAUUAUAGUGUAACAGUAAUUAUUAAAUACAGCCCAAUUACAGUCAAGUCACAGCACAGUGGGCGUGGGAGAGGGGGAGCACAGCACACUGUGCUCCUGGGGUCGUUCUUACAAUUUCUCUGUGGAAGCAUGGAUAGGACUGACUGUUGCUCAUAACCAGCUCAGAAUAGCGGCGGGGUGGCGGUGGGAGAGUGGUUAGAGCAGGAGUUAGGCUUUCAAGGCUGCAUCCUCUUGAAGAAAGUAUACGUGAUUCGCUUACAUCCUUGCACAAGACCCAGACCAAAGUGAAUCCUAGCCUGGUUGAGUCCUUAGGGUAUUCAGUGGGUUAUGUGUGAUACCGAGUAAGUAAGGUCCUCUCAGAGUGGACUUCCUAAUGGCCCAUGGGAGUCUGGACUCCAGGGGAGUGGCCUCUGCCUGUCAGAGGCGGGUGGGACAGGGGCCAGAAUUGCGGUUCUACCACUGACCUAGGCAGAUCAUUUCACCUCUCCCUCUUGGUUUCUCUGUCUGUAAUGAGUCUAAUAAUACCUACCUCCCAGCAGUGUUGUGAGGCACAGUUAUGAGCAUGCAUGAAAUGUUUUGCAAAGGGUGCUUAGCAGAUAGCAUCAUUACCUCUGACAAAGGUUGGGUAAACCUGCAACAUGCCAGACAAAAGAGGACUCGGCCCUUUUGACCUGGAGCUGACCAGACAGGAGUGCAUGAGCAGAGCUGGGGGAUAAAAAGAAUGUUUGUCUGCAUUGAAACAGAGGGUGUUUCAAAUAGCCUUUUGAGGUUCUUUGGGUAAAUCUGAGGUCUAUUAUUAGACCAACUCAAAUAGUUGGAAACAUUCUUCUUAGCAAGCUUUCCGGUAUAAAUACCAACACAGCCACAACCUAUACCCCUGUCAACUAGCCCGUGUGUGUUUUACUCGAGCCCUUGUGUGCAUGCUGGGAUGAGGUGGCAGUGGCAAAGGUUCCUUCUCCCAUUCCCGGAGGCUGGUUCUUUCCUCUGGUGUCUGUUCAUUCCUCCAGCUUGUAUCGCAAUGCUUGUUUUGUGGCCUGGCAACGUGCACCAGUGAUUGAUCCCUUCCUUGUUUUUGCAGUAGAAUAGUCAAGAGAAUGACUAUAAGCUGGACUCGUGGUCACCGGGACACUGGCCUCUUUGUGCAAGAGAAACUUCCGAUGCCCCCGCUGGGAUAUGGACAGCAACUUCAAAACCACACGUAUUUC